GAUAAGUAAUAUAUCUGACUUGUUUAACAGGCAUUGCAAAAUGGAUGAAGUGGACUCGCCUUUUCUCAAGAAGAAGAGAUCACAUCAAAAACAAUCAGACACCAUGUUCCAGUCAGAACUACAAAGAAAACUUCAGCAGCGCAGACAAGAAGGUUUAACAUAUGGCCUGACAAGUGAAGAGAGUGACAGCAUUGUUGAUGAUGAUGAUGGUGACAGUGAUGAAGAAAUCCUUGCACAGCAUAGAAGAAAUCUGUCCAACCAAAAGCAAUCAAACCGACCAACCUCUGCCAAGAGAAGAACACCCACCUUUCAAGACACAAAUGAUUUAAGUUUGGGAGAUACUAUUAGGCCAGGACAAAGUGGAAAUAAAUUUAUGAAACAGCGUGGACAGCAAGGCCAGAAAGAGGGCAUUCCCUCCCUCAACAUGGGAGGAAAAGGGAGAACUUCUCCUGGGAUGCCAUCUUUGACAUCCCCAAAACUUUCUCCAAAAGAUAGCAAAAGUCUGACAGAUGCAUUAGGAGGAAAAAGGUCUCCCAGUCCCAAGUAUGGAACCCAGUCUAUGUCUCAGGAGGAUAUUAUUUUUGGCAGGAAGACACCAACUAAUGAUCCAAGGCGUCAGAGUCCAACAGAUAACAAACCAUGGCAACCACCAAACUUUCGCAAAAGUCCAGGUGCAGAGCAGCAAGAAAACCGAGCACCCUCCCCCGGCUUACAAGGAAGAAGAACUCCAUCUCAGGAACCUUUUCUUCAAAGCAUUGAUGAAAAUGCAGGGACACCCAGGAAAAACCGGUUCCCUAGUCCUACUGACCGUAGUCCUAAGGCUGGCCGAACCAGUCCUAAAGGGGGCCUCACUAGUCCAAAAGAUCGGUUCUCAAAGUCAGACAGGAAAUCUCCAAAGAGCCUCUCCAUAGAUGAUUCACCACGACUGGAUGAAGCUCCCAAACCCAGACCAAGACACAAGACAGACAUAUUUGGAAAAACAGAUCAUGUGGAUGUGGAUUUGGAGACAGAUUCUCCAUCUGUCAGCCGAUUCCACAGAGCUGCUCCAGGUGGCAGAAAAACUCCUACACAGAGUGGAAGAAAAACUCCAACAAACUUAGAUGGCAGGAAGACUCCUACAGGAUUGGAUGGCAGAAAAACUCCUACAGGAUUAGAUGGCAGAAAAACCCCUACAGAUAAAACAUCCUACAGGAAAUCUGACAGAGAGAAAGAUACAAAAAAGGCCCCACUGAAAAAAGAGGCAUCACUUCUAGAUUUUCUCAAUGAGGAUGUGGAUUCCUCAAAAACAAAAAAGAGAGAGGAACCCAAGCCAAGGCUACUUCGGGGUUCACAGGAGGAACCACAGGAGAGGAAAGAUAGUAUCAGGGAUGAUAUUCUGGGGGAUAAAAUCAACAGAGCCAAACAGAGGCAGGCUAAGUCAGGCAGUGGAGACAUUGGUAGUGGAGACACCAGGUCAGUCGCAAAAAAGCGAACGGACAAUGAGAAAGAGAUACCGGACGAUAGUUCACUUUGUGAAGAGUUUGACAAGGAUCCUUUAGGAAGGUCAUUUGCUGAACCGGAAAAACAAGCUAAGCCAGGCAAGGGCCCAACAGAGAGUAAAAAAUCAGAUGACAUCAUAAACAAAGUAGCUCAGGAACAAAACAAACCAUCUUCUGGUACAAUGAAGUCCACAGACACUAGCAAGUCUUUCAAAAAAAUUGAUAAGGAACACCGUCCUAAACCCCGCUACACAAUCCCUGGGACCCCCACUAGUCAAGGUACCCUGUCAGAAAUGUCCUUCAAUGACACCAUGUCUAUACGUCAGGCUGUGUAUGAGGAAUGGAGGAGAGAGAAGAUGAAAUCAGCGAGAAAGGAGAAAAAAGAGGAAGAAAAGAAAAAACAGGAGGAAGAGAAAAAGAAGGAGGAGGAGAAAAAAGAAAAGAAAUUGGAAAAUGAUAGCUCCUACAAGACUUGGAAAGAAUCAAAAGAAGAUACAUUUGUUAAAAAGAUCAAAGAAGAAAGAAGGAAAGAAAGAGAGAAGAAGGAAAAGGAAGAGAAAGAAAAAGAACAAAAGAUCAAAGAAGCAGAAAAGACAUUCAAAAUAUGGAAAGAAGAAAAGGAUGAAGAAAUAAAAGAAAAGUUGAGAAAGAAAAAAGAGGAGGAGAGAGAGAAAGAAUAUGAAAAGGAGGAAGCAAAGAAGAACAAAGAAAAGGAGAAUGUUACUGCACUAAGGGGAUGGAACAACAAGAAAGACCAAGUAUUGAAAGAAAAGGCCAGGGAGGAGAAAAAGAAGAAUAUGGCCACUCUAAAGGAACAGGAACAGCUGAAAAAGGAGCAGGAAAAAGAGGCCGAAAAGCUGUAUGAUCAAUGGCUUAGAAGAAAGGAUGAAACUAAGAGAAAGGAGAAGAGUCGGAGAUAUGGAUCAACAGAAAGUAUAGAAUUCCGUCCAGCUUGGAGUCCUGCCAGUAAAACAAUACCAUUCGGAAGGUAGAAUCAGCCCAUGUGAUUAAGUCCUCAAUUGUACUGUACAUACACCUGUAUGUUAACACCAGCUGAAGGGACGGACUGUUUGUCUAGAGAUUCUGUUGAUUAAAAAUGUAGUGAGACAUAUCCAGGAAAUACCCACCAAGAUUAACAUUUGUAGCAAGUAGAUAUGAUUGGAGCUGGAACUUUUACUUCACAUUUGCUCAACCAUAGACUCAUUUCCAAACCUUUAGAUGUUCUCCGUCCAUCUUUGGUUGUUUGCAAUGAUUAUUCUGGAAUCAUUUAUAAUUAAACAAUUAGUUUGAAAUCAUACUUUAAAUUUGGUCAUCUUAAGACUAGAGCAUUACCAAACAAGUUUAUAUUCUCCGUCCAUAUUUGUUGGUAAAACUUGUUCUGUUUGCCAUAUCUUUUAUGUGCUUUAUCUGUACAAUUUUGUUGUCCAUAAAUUUUUGUUUUUAUUUAUUUGCAUUCUUGAUGCAAGAGUUGUGAAUUUUAGGUCUUUUAUUUUUUUAGU